AUGGGCAGGUCGGGCGCUGAAAACCCGAUUCUGCCGCCGUCGCUGCCCGGUGCGGGUCCGCACGCCGGACCCGGUGUCGAUGGUGAACCUGCAGCAGGUCAGCCGCUCGGACCUCUCGCAUGUGCGCGCCCUGACCCAGCUGAUUCACGACGACCCGGCGAUGCUCGCGAAGCUGCUGCGGCUCGUGAACGCGGCCUACUUCCGCUCGGCGGGCGGCGGCGAGAUCACGAGCAUGGCGCGUGCGGUGCACCUGCUGGGCUUCCAGAAGUGGCAGCGCGAGGGUCUGCCCGCCGCACGCGUGACGACCGUGCUGGACGAGCUGCUGCACAGCGACGACAUCGACGCGGUCUACAUCGCCACACCGCACUCCCACCACGGCGAUUACGUGCGCGCGGCACUCGAGGCGGGCAAGCCGGUGCUCUGCGAAAAGCCGCUCGUCACGACCCGUGCCGAGGGCGAGGCGCUCGUGGCGCUGGCGCGCUCGCGUGGCGUGUUCCUGAUGGAGGCCCUCUGGACGCGCUUCCUGCCGGCCUACGACCUGGCGGCGCGGCUGCUGCAGGAGGGCGCCAUCGGCGAGCUGCGGGCGAUGCAGUCGAGCUUCUGCUUCGCGGCCGUCUACGACCCGCAGCACCGCCAGUGGAACCCGGCCCUGGCCGGCGGCGCGCUGUGGGACAUCGGCAUCUACAACCUCGCCGUCACGCGCUGGGUGCUGCAGCAGAUGAACGGUGGCGUGUGCCCCGAGCCCGAGCACCUGGACGUGCAGGCCCGGCUCGCGCCGACCGGUGUGGACGCCGCGGUCAACGUGACACUGCACUUCCCUGGCGGCGUGACGUCGCAGUUCCGCUGCGGCUUCGAUGCGGCCUCGGUCAAUGCGUUCGAGGCGCUGGGCUCGAAGGCGGCGCUGCGCUUCCCGACCGACUUCUGGCAGUCCGAAGCCGUGGAGGUGGUCACCCGCAAGGCGCCGCCCGAGCGGGUAUCGGCGCCCUUCGUGAUCAACGGCUUCGAGGGUGA